GCUGCUUCAGGGCGAUCAACAACAUACCAUGAAUAGCACCAGACACCAGUCUCUGUUCUUUGUCAGUCUGCCUGAACUGCAAAAACUCUGUGCUGCUACAGUAACACUGAGUACUCAGAUACCAGAAACUGAGACAAGGAGUACACAGAUAAAGACUUGCAGACAAUUAUUAUUCCUGUACCAAGAGAUCCUUUCUGCACCUGUUAUGGGGACCCUGAAUCAAAUUUCGGUUGUGAUGGCGAUACCAUUUUACGAAUCAGGAAUAUGUCAAGCCUAUGUAGAGAGACACAGAGCUACUCUGGAAGCACCGCAAACAGUUACUCCAGCCCUUCUCCAAACCUGUCUCUCCUACACGCUUACAGCCAGGCUUGCACCCAGAUGGAACAAGGCUGGUCAUCUCUUGGUGCAAGGGAAAGACUUUUUGUCUCAUUCAGGAAGGCAAAAUGCUGUUGUUAUAGACCUCAAUGUGUCAGAGAGACAGCUUUGCAUCAGUGUGGAGCCUUGCUCAAUUCGGCUGCCACCCCCUAAGCUGGGAGAUUUUGAUAUUUCAGCAAACACCGUAAAGCUGUUUGACAGCAAUGAAAACACAGUUAUUCAGCAACAUUCCAUAUUAAGUAACUGGUGCUAUGUUUUGCCAAGCAUGAAAAUGGGUCAGAUCAUAAACAUCAGCCACAUAAUUCCUCCAGAAUCUCCUUUCCGUUCAUAUAAAGAUUUUCAGAUGCACUGGAAGAGUCUGUAUGGAUAUAUUCUUCCUGAGGAUCUUGAAGAGACAAAAACAUAUUUGAGUGUUUACUUCAAACCAAUAGGGGAAAGGUUCUUCACGUACCCUUUAAGCUGCAUCCGAAGUCAGCCAGUGCAGUAUUUCCCCAGAACAGACGCAGAAAGUGUAGUGAACUCUUUUCUUUCUGACAUGAAGAGCAAUUUUUCACAGCUGUGUGGAUUUCCAGUAAAGAUGACAAGUAAAGCACUUUAUGCUACAAAGGAACUCUCCAGGGCUUCAGUGCAUGAAAUAAAACCUAAGCAUAUGAAAUUGGACGGUGAGAUGGUUUGUGUAGUAUCUCUAACGCAGGCUCCUCCAAGAAAAGCUACUUUGCCUGGAAUUCCUUCACCGUGCAGUACGGAAAACAGCCACUGGAUGGAGCGUUUGAUCAAAGAGCCAGGAACACACAGUUUUUCGAGUAGUAGCGAGAGUCCAGGAGGGGUUAGCAUUGAAGCAAUGAGCAGUAAGCAAGUACGAGGCGCAACAGAGUUACCUGCCGCAAAAUCUUUAGGAACACCUGUAAACUCAGCCUUUGAAUCCACUGUCCCAAAAGUCAGCAAAAUUAUACCAAUUUUCAAAGGAAAGUUGAUGCAAAUGAAUGGAAAGAUCACAAAUCAAACAGAUAGGAAGAAAAAGGAAAGUGCUGAAAGGCAUUCACCAAUGAAAAGUGUGGGUGUUUCAUCUUCUAUGCUGUCUGUGCACAAAUCCAGCAUAACUCAGGUUUUCAAACACAUUCAAAAUAUGCCAGUCAAAACUCCUACUGACAGCAACGUGCUUCAGGUAAAGAACAUGAAGACACACUCAAAACAUGGUGCACCCAUAUUCCGAUGGAAAACCCAGUCUAGUGGACAAAAUGCUAACUCUGAUUGUUCUGAAAACUCAGCUGCAGGUGGGAGUCCAAGUGAAGUCAAUCACAAAAAGACAAAUUCUCCAUUCUUUCUUAGGAAUGUUGGGCCAGUGCUUCAGAAAUCAAACACCAGUCCAUGUCUGAAUACACAUGAAUCUUCUACCUCCAGUGCAAGAAGGGGGAAAAAGUUUACAAGUCAAAAUACUACUCAAUUUCUUGAGAAACAACACCAGUCAAAGGAAUUGCAUUUGCAUGUUUGUAAAUUAGACAGUGAAAUGACAAAUUCCAGCUUGUCACUGCAACAAACAAAGAAAUCAAAUAAAGGAGCUGGGUUAAAUAUUCAUGAAUCUGUCUUCAAAGAUACAGUGUGCAUGACCAAAAGCGGAGAAAACAAAGCAGCAUGCCACUCUAAGGACUGUACUGCUGAGACAACCAGUCUCCAUUCCAAACCUAACUUUGAACAGAUGAUUACAGGGAACAAGUAUCUGACAUGUGAAACACUGACCUCAAAACUGGCUUUGCCAGUCAAGGAGAGCAACAUGGAAGCAUCUGUAAAGAAAAGUUGUGCCAGAAGAAGACAGAAAGAAGAAGGUCAUUCAAAGUUAAAGAGAGCCAAAAGAAGUAAAACUUAAACUUAAGGUGUUCUGGAGCAUUGAAAGAAAACUCUGGGCUCCCAAGAGGUCAGUAACAUAAUUGAGAAUCUCUGAACUUUGUAUUUUACUGUUUUUCAUUGGUAGCUGUUUUCUGGAAGAAAAUUUGAGGGUUAAACACAGUCAAGUGAAUCCAUGUAUCAUCAACUUCUUCAGACAGUUCCGGUUAAUAAGCCUCUAAUGCAUUUGAAAAUUUAACUAAAUUGUUUAGUUUUUUAAUCACAUUUUGUAUGUCCUGCUACUUCUUACACUGUUAAUCAUUCUUCCAAAUUAUAUUGUUGUUUCUAGUUGGGUUUUUAAAGA